AUGUCCCAAGGAAGAAGAGCUGCUGAGAGACUUGCCGGUAAGACCGUUUUUAUCACCGGUGCCUCUGCUGGUAUUGGUCAAGCCACCGCUCUGGAAUAUCUAGACGCAUCUAACGGGAACCUAAAACUUAUUCUAGCAGCCAGAAGACUAGAAAAAUUAGAGGAACUGAAGCAAACGAUCAAUAAAGACUAUCCUGAUGCCAAAGUGUUUAUUGGCCAAUUGGAUGUAACGGAAACUGCAAAAAUUCAAUUAUUCGUGGACAGCUUGCCCGAAGAAUUCAAAGACAUAGAUAUUCUGAUCAACAAUGCCGGAAAAGCUUUGGGAUCUGACCCCGUAGGCACAAUUUCGUCACAAGACAUUGCUGGCAUGAUGGAUACCAACGUUUUGGGAUUGAUUAACGUUACACAGGCAGUGCUACCCAUUUUCCAAGCCAAAAAUUCCGGAGACAUCGUGAAUUUGGGGUCCGUCGCUGGCCGUGAAGCUUAUCCAACGGGUGCAAUCUACUGUGCCACAAAACAUGCGGUCCGGGCGUUCACUCAAAGUCUUCGCAAGGAAUUGAUCAGCACCAAGAUUAGAGUCAUCGAAAUCGACCCUGGUAACGUGGAAACCGAAUUCUCUAUGGUUAGAUACAAGGGCGACACCGAUCGUGCUCAGAAAGUCUACGAAGGAACUGAGCCCUUGGUGGCCGAAGACAUUGCCGAUUUGAUUGUAUACAGUACCUCCAGAAAGGCUAACACGGUCAUCGCAGACGUUUUGGUCUUUGCCACCAACCAGGCCUCUCCAUUUCAUAUCUUCCGCAAUUAA